GCAAACGCGAAGAUUCCUUUUUUUCGAAGCCUAACCAACCCACCUUCGAUUUGAUCUGGUUUACAUAACGUUAAAAGUCCAUAUUUUAAUAUUAGUGAAUGACCAAAGCAAAGUAUGUUGAUGACUUUUUGUUCUCCUUUAAAUAAAGGAUCAUCAUCUUCGUUUCUCUGAGACUUGUGCACACAGAGUCUUCGUUUCUUCAUCCCAGUUUCUUCUGUUUCAGGUGAGAACAAAAAUGGCGUUUGUGACCACUGCGGAAGUUUGUGACGCGAAUCAAGAGAUGAUUCGUAGUGGCCAGCUCCGAGCUCUGCAACCCGUCUUCCAGAUUUACGGUCGUCGUCAAAUAUUCUCAGGUCCAGUAGUUACUGUCAAAGUUUUUGAAGACAAUGGCUUAAUUCGUCACUUCCUCGAAGAGAAAGGCAAUGGAAGAGUUCUUGUGGUGGAUGGUGGAGGGAGUUUACGAUGUGCGAUACUUGGAGGAAACCCAGUUGUACAAGCUCAGAACAACGGAUGGGCUGGGAUCAUUGUGAACGGUUGCAUCAGAGACGUUGAUGAGAUCAAUGGCUGUGACAUUGGAGUGAGAGCUUUAGCUUCUCAUCCAAUAAAGGCGAGUAAGAAAGGACUUGGUGAACAAAGAGUCCCUUUGAACAUAGCAGGAACUCGGAUUUGUGAUGGUGAAUGGCUUUAUGCAGAUACUGAUGGUAUCCUGGUUUCUCAGAUCGAAUUAUCUGUUUAAAAGUUACAAGUGUUGUUGAUUUUUGUUGAAUCUCGAAGCUGCGGUUGAGUUUUGAGCUUUGUGUUUCUACUUUAAUAUCAGAGUAAAAGUUGAAUCAUUACCAUUGAAUCAGUUUGAGUUUGUGUGGAGUUAAAGAGGUUGAUGUUGUUAGUACUUGGAA